GAAGACUUUGCUGAAAAAGUGGAUUUUUCAUCUUCAUGAACCCCGAUAUUUCUGUUCCAAAAUGGCUGCCGAGACAGACGGCCCGGGGGAGAAGCGCCUUCCUUCGCUUUCGCUCUGGUUUGGGAUCCCGAGUGAGAAAGUGACUUGUCCUUAUGAUACUAAUCAUCAAAUGCCUAAAUCUUCCUUGGAGAAACAUAUGAGAUCCUGUAGAUUGAGAAAACUAGAAUAUUCUAAAGAGGAAGAGGCUGAAAUGUAUGAUUCUACUUUUUUCUAUGACAAAGGCAAAAUUCCUAAAGUUCAAAUGG